CUACACUUGUUCCUUGUCGCAACCACUGCGUAAACAACAACAACUAUCUUCAGUGAUAUUUUGGUUCUUUUAACAAGACAAACGUAAUGGAUGCACAGACUCAAGAAAGUUAUACGGCUGGCACCGAAGUAGACAUCACAAACAAUCCAACCGCUCAAAAGCUACUCCAACGGUGUCAAUACUUCCUUGCGGAAGUUCAGAACUUGACUCCUGGCAAGAAUCUUGAAGCCCAUUUGAACACGCACUAUGGACCUGGAAACGCCCUUUAUGAGGACCUCUGUAGUCUUACACGCCAGGGUCUAAAGGAAGGUUGGAUUGCCAAUGUUGAAGUUUCUGGAAAGAACUACCGGCGCUCAAAGAUAGCACUACCCAAGGAAGAAACGCGAUUUUUCUCAAUCACGACGGUGUACAUGAACUCACAGGAUGUGUUCUCAGGACAGUAUCAUUCGCAUCCGUAUGGCGAGAUCAACUGUGUGGUUCAAAUAGACUCGACCGCAGAGUUGAAAGGCAUGACGAAUUGGCAAGGUGCAGGGUGGACAAGUCCGAGUGCGGGAACGCAUCACUACCCACAGGUCCGCGGGGGUGCAUUGAUAGCGUUGUUCUUCCUUCCAGCCGGUAGGAUAAGCUACAACGUUGAUACAGCCGAUGCUCAGCCGGCGGACCUGUGAAUAGUCUUGUGAAUUACCACGAUUCAUGGCGUUUACGAGAUUGUAACGCGAAUGCGUGGAUGCAGACGUUCAAGUUUCCAAAGCGCCUAGCAAGAAGGCACCAGUAUAAACUCAGAGCACCUGAGAGUGACGCAAGAUUUUAAGGAUGCUUACGUCUCGAUGACAGAGUCUGUGGGGAGACAGAUCACCUUGCUCGAA